CGGAUACCGUUUACCUCGACAGUCUCGCCACGCAAAGGCUUCCUGACGAGCACAUCAGUCCUGAAAACAACAUUUAUCGUCUUUUCCUCCCCAUCGGAUAUCUGUGGUGGCUUUAAACGGAAAGGAAAGCUGUCCAUUUCCGAAGCGAGGACGCAAAUAUGCCCAGCGGCAACGACGAUCAACACGACGUCGAAUCGCAGCAGCACCAGCAGCAGCAUUCCGACAGCGGCUCGGAAACGGCCCAUGCUCCUCACGAAGAUGAAGUGCCGGAGAAGCAGCCCGAACCGGAAGACCAGCUCCGCACUAGUCCCAAAGGACCAGGUGAAGAUAGCAACAAUGCUCAAGACCCGAACCUGGUUACGUGGGACGGCCCAGACGACCCAGAGAACCCGCUCAACUGGUCAUCGUCCAAGCGGUGGACUACAGUGGCGGUUGUAAGCUACUUGACAUUCUUGGCGCCCUUGAGCUCGACCGUGCCAGCACCAACGGUCCCUUAUAUCAUCAAGGACUUUGCCGUGGCCGACCCAAAGACCGAAGGCACACUCGUCACGACGAUUUACAUUCUCGCCUACGUCUUUGGCCCGUUACUCAUCGCACCUUUGUCAGAGCUCUACGGGCGCCUGCCACUAUACCAUGCUUGCAAUACCCUGUAUCUUGUCUUCAGCAUCGCUUGCGCAGUUGCUGGCAACAUGAGCUCGCUCAUUGCGUUUCGUUUCCUGGCCGGUCUUGCAUCGUCUUGCCCUCUGACGAUCGGGGCUGGUUCGAUUGCCGACAUUGUCCCUCUCCGGCGGCGCGGACUGGCCAUGACAUUCUGGGUAAUGGGGCCCCUUGUUGGCCCGACCAUUGGCCCUCUUGCUGGUGGCUAUCUGGCCGAGUCGCGGGGAUGGCGAUGGGUGUUCUGGUUAAUAUCGAUCUUGGCGGCUCUAGGCUGGAUCCUGGGAUUCAUCUUUCUCCGAGAGUCAUACGCGACGGUCAUCCUGAAGCGCAAGGCAGCUCGACUUCGCAAAGAAACUGGAAACAUGGACCUGGUCUCAGCCCUCGAUACUGGCCGCAGCCCGCGCCAGCUCUUCGCCUUCUCCAUUGUCCGACCGCUCAAGAUGCUCUUGUUCCAGCCCAUAGUCCUCAUGACAUCUGCAAACAUGGCCAUGAUCUACGGCUACCUUUACCUCUUGUUCACGACCUUUCCUCGUGUUUUUGGUGGGCAGUAUGGCUUCUCGACAGGCUCCGUGGGACUUGCAUAUCUCGGUGUGGGCUUGGGUUCGUUCCUGGGCUUGAUAUUGACGGGCGCCUUCUCGGACCGGACAGUCGCAGCGCUCACCAAGCGCAACGGUGGCGUCCACAAGGCGGAAUUCAGGCUACCGCCCAUGUUUGUCGGUGCAUUCUUGGUUCCGGCCGGGCUCUUCGUGUAUGGAUGGACUGCAGAAGCCCACGCUCAUUGGAUCUUGCCCAUUAUCGGCAGUGCGAUUCUCGGAUUCGGGAUGAUGACCAUUUUUACACCGUCAACCACAUACAUCAUUGACGCCUUCACCGUGUAUGCAGCCUCUGGCACAGCGGCGGCAACGGUACUGCGUUCCAUCCUGGGCGCCGUCCUGCCGCUGGCUGGCGAGCCGAUGUACGAUGCUCUGGGGCUGGGCUGGGGCACCUCGGUGCUCGCUUUUAUCGCCGUCGCGUUCACCCCCGUCCCGUUUGUAUUCUGGAUUUAUGGCGAGAGGAUUCGCAAGAGUGAGCGGUUCCGCAUGGAUCUAUAGGAGCUGAUGAAAGACACAUCCAUUCGGGCGUCUUGAGCAUGUGGCAUGGGUAUUAGGAACAAGCAAUUCUUUGGACUUGCUGUUGCUGGUGGAGCCAAAGAUGGUGUGCAUUUUGGAGGACCAGGAAUGCAUGACUGGUAGAAGUGCAGAAUGACAGGCAAAGGGUUCACGCCUUGAGGAAGACAUAAUACUAGAUAGAAUUAAUGCAAGCCGCUUCUGGCGAUCUCAAGCAG